AUGGACACCACCAUUGAAGCAAUGAGCAGGGAGUACGAGGAGCUUGUAGCAGCAGCUAUGGAGGUGGUUGAGCAGUCUGGCGGUCGGUCAGGGACAGCACUUGAGAAAUUCAAGCAGAGAUGGCAGAUGUUCAUGGCCUCAUGUGACAAGGCAGAGGGCAAGGUGGAGUUGGCAAGGAGGAGAAUCACAGCCGAUCAUGUGAUGGACAUGGCCUCCGGGAUGGCACCAGGGGGACCGGUGGAACUGCCGUUACCACACAUUAGCAUUCCCCGCUUGGAACAGGUGAUCCACACUGUUAGCUCUCUCACUGGGAAUCUCCAACAGGGACCGCUGCCGGUUCACAAGGUGGAUUGA